CAUUAGGAGCUAAGAAAAUUGAAGUGAAGUAACAAAACAAAAGCAGCGAGUAGGAAAAAUUUUGUAAACAAGCUUGAUUUAUUUUCAGUUUGGGCUUUGCUAUUUUCCAAAUAUUAAAUAUGGAAGACGGCUCUGAUUCAGAAUAUGAAGUAGAGGAAGCUGUAGUUCUAGUUGAAUUAAAUGGAAUUAUUGAUUCUAAUUUUUUAUUCCAAGAAGACAUUCCAUGUAAAAUUUUGGGUAUUGACAGUGAAAAUCCUAUUCUUCAAUUGGGACAGUAUACGUUUGCUGGAGAAUAUGAAGACACAUUGGGUACUGUAGUUGCUUAUGAGCCCGAUGAAUCUCAAAAUGAGGAGGAAAAAAAGUACAAGUUUACUGCAAAAACAGAUAAAAAGCUUGUAAUGAAAAGAGUAUUUGUUCAAGAGAAAAUAGAGGAGAGCUUGCAAAAAAGUGUUCUGUCAUCUUCUAAAAUUUCUCCAAAAAAGGAAUAUCCAUUGCAAGAAAUAACAGAGAAUUCCAUAGACAAAUCAAAAAAAGUGAAAUUAAGCAUGGGAAAUAGAAAUACACCGAAAAAAAUAAUAAAAGAAGAAGCAGAUUCAAAUAAGGUAAUUUCUGCAGUUACUUUACCAAAUAUUACUACUAUUGAAGAAAAACUGGAGGCAAGCUCGCACGAAGAAUCAGUUGAACCUUAUUCUAAUAAAAACCAAAGCAGUACAGAUAGGCAGGCAGCAAAAAGAAAAGAAAGAGAGCAUGAUGACGGUGAUUCUAACAAUAUUGCAAACAAAAAGCGGUACCAAGGUGGUAAUGAAGAAUUUAUGCCCCAUGAAAAUGUUGAUCAGGCCAAUUCUCCACAAAUGUCAUCAGAUGCCAUCAUAUCUCAAGAUAUGGAGGAUGAUGUAAGUAAGUCUCCACCUGAAGAGUUAAUUGAUAUAGAAAGUUGCUCAACUGACAAUGAUGAUGUUAUGCUAAAGCUUUCAUCUCACCAAAAGCCUGAAAAUUCUGAGAAAAUUUUUACGUCUGAGUCUUCAGAUAAGAGCAAUGAACAUCAGGAGCAAUCUUCUCUUCUUAGUAGUCCACAGAUACUGGAAGAAUCUAUAGCUAAUGAAAAUGCUGAAGAUAGAAAUAGGGAGGAAGAUUCUGUUAUAAACAUAAAUUUACAAAUUCACUCAACAGAUGAUGACCAUUUCAUAUCUUCUAGUAAUAAUCCAGAGUUACGUUUGAAUGACUCUGUAAUGAAUGACCUUUCAUCAUCUUCGAUGAAACAGCUUGAGAAUGUUGAAGACCCUCAAUCAUCUGAUGUUAUUGAAAUUCAGAUUGUUGUUGAGGAUUGUCCACUUUCAGAUGAGCAAAAUGUUUCAGUAUCUGAAGAAAAUAAAACAAAUAAUACUUUGCUAAUUUCAGAUGAACAAGAAGGACAAGCCAUCAUAACUCUGUCCUUUGGUGGCAAUGAAGCUGAAAUGACUGCUGAAUUGCAUGAAGCUUCUAAUCAGGAGAAUAAGUCCGUUUCAAGCUCUGUCAUAAAUGACACGUUGAAUGAAGUGUUGGAUGUUGUCUCUGAUCCAUCUGUUGAUGCUGAUGAUUUUGAUAGUCAGCAUCAGCCAGCUGAUCAUGCUGCCAAUGUUACAGAACCUGAUCUUAAAUUGCCUAAUGAAAUGAAUCUUGAAGGUCAAUUUUUAAAAGAUUCUUCCUCUUUUUCUAAUCGGUCAACCAUCAGCAUGCAUCUUUCAUUUGAUUCUGAUAAUGAUUCUACUUCAAUGACUAAAAUGAGUGAGUUACCAGAAAAUAUCUGUGAGUCACCAGAUUGUAGUAGUACAUCAGCCUCUGAUGCACUUAAAGUUGAUGGAGAAAAUAAUCUGAAUGUCCAGUCAAGUGACAAAAAUUUGGAAAACAAUCAGAGGUAUAUAAGCUCUGAAUCAUAUGAGGACAGCUCGCUAAGUGAGCAAAUGCCAACUCUGACUGCUGGAGACAGUGAAAAAGAGUCUCCUUCUUUUCAAAGAAUUGAAAAUUUACAAAAUGAAUUAAUGCCCACAAUAUCUCUUGAAGCAACAACUGCUGAAACUGUAGUAGUUGAAUCUUGCAAUGAAGAGUCUCAAAAUGCUCAAAUGUCAUCUAGCUCUCUGGAAACUUUGGAUGAGAAAAAAAAUAUCACUCAGUCUCAUUUUAGAAGAUUUCCGAAUCGUACGCCACUUGAAGAGCUGAAGGAGAAAAUUAGUACUACUAAGUCUCCAAAAAGUUUGCCAUCUGAUGUAUCAUCAUCUGACGAUGAUUCUAAAGAUGCAUCUUGUGAAGUGAGUCAGUCAUCUAGAAAUAAUAGAGGCACAUUAUUAGCUGUCAUAAGCGAGUCGAAUGAGUGUGAUGAACAGGUAUUAAAUCUUGUUUCCAAAUCAAAAAAUGAGCUCCACUCAGAUACAUCUGAAAAUGUAGGUCGGGGAGAAAUAUAUGCUGAUAAUUCUGAAGUUACAUCUGAAAAUGUAGUUCGGGGAGAAAUAUAUGCUGAUAAUUCUGAAGUUGAACACUUGAAUAAGUCCCACUCAAGAAAACUCUCAUCAUGUGAGGUAUCUCAGUCUUGUAAUUCCAAGGUAGAAUCACCUAAUGAAGAAAAUGUUAAUGAAUGUGAUGUAUUUUUACAGAAUAGUCCAAAAGAUAUUGAAAAUUUUGCUGAUGCUUCGAGCAGCAGACGAGAUGCUCUUGUUUCUGCUGAUGAAGGCCUGAAAGAAGAUGACAUAGUUAGACACUCGAUAACUUCUGAAGGAUCUACUUCAGAAAUCAGCCAAUCUCAUAAAGUUGAAAGCUAUUCAAAUGAUGAAGCUUCUGAACAAGCAGAGGAAUUUUAUAAUAUUGAACUCUGUAGUCAAUCAACUUCAAGCAUGCCAUCACAUCCAACUGAAUCCAAAGAUUUUUGUGUGUCAUCUUGCGAUGCUGGUAAAAAUACUGGACCAGAAUUUCCAGAUUCUGAAAUUAAAAACACAUCUUGUGAAGUCAGUCAGUCAGACAGAUUGGAAAGUCAUAGCAAUUUAAACAUGCCAGAUGAUCCUUCUGAUUUUAAUGAUAAUUCUGUGUCUGGAGGACAUGAAAGAUCAUCGAAUCAAGAAAACUACUGUGAAGUGACUGAAUCGUAUGAAGCUGAGGAAUGCAUACAUUCUGAAAAUACAGCUGUACUAGCAGAAAAUAGUUCCAGUGAAUGUGAACCUUUAAUGGUUUCCCAUGACAGACCUGAAUCUAUGAAUACAUUGUCUGAUAGCAGAGAACCAUGUGCCUCUUCAGACCAUAGUAAUCCAAUAUCUGUUUGCAAUAUUACUGCAGAAAAUUCUACUUCUUGUGAAGUAACACAGUCUUCAGUAACAGAAAAUAUUUCCAUUGAAAAUGUAGACCCAGCAAUAAACAACAAGUUGCAUUCCAAUGAAUGUGAAGUGUUUGAAGAGAGUGAUUAUAAUUCCGAAGACUCUACCCUUGCUUCUGACAGCCAAAGUUUAGUAUCAUCUGUUAUAUUAUUAAAUCAAGAGGAGGAGGAGGAAUCUAUAAACCCAUCUUGUGAAGUAAGUCAGUCAUUUAAGUCUAUUGAAGAUAAUAAUCUUCCAUUUGAGGAAUGUUGUGUGUCUUCUGAUGAAGGUAAUGAAUUUUCAACUCACUAUGCUAAUAUUGAAGAAAAUAAAAUUACUGACGAAGUUAGUCAGUCUGUUACUUUAUCCAUUCCAUUAACGUCAGAUGCACCAGAUUAUGAAUUGAGUGAAUGUGAUCAGCCUGGCUUAGUUUCUCACUCUGUUGAACUAUUUUCUAAUGAUCAGAAUGAAUCAGCAGAAUCAUCUAAGGAAGUUUGCUCUUCUGAUGAAAUUAACGCGGCUUCUGGAAAUCUUGAUGAAAACAUGAACAAUUCUGCGUGCGAAGUAACCCAAUCAAACAGAACUGAAGAAGGUAUUUUGAUGCCCCAAUCCCAAGAUUUGUUUGAAAAUGAGUCUUCAAAUGAGUGUGAAGCUUAUGGAAGAACCUCUAGUUCAUUAGAGGAUCAGAAUGUGGACCCUUCAGAUCGCGAUUGUGAAGCAAAAAAUAUUUGUGAGUCGUCGGAUGACAUUGAGUUAGCUUCAAGUGAAAAUCUUAUUUCUACACAAAAGCAGUUUGAAGAUAAUAGCGCUUUAAGUUGCAUUUGUCAGUCUUCAAGGUAUGGUUCUAAGUCAUCUGAUUUACCUGAUAUGGAUGAUAAUAAUGAAUAUGACAAUAGAAUUCAGAUAGAAGCUGAAAAUAAUGAUACUCAACAAAGUAAUAUUUGCGAGUCAUCAGAAAGCAGGCAAACAAAUCGCAGUACCGAUCCUUGCACUUCGUCAGAUAAAAUAGAUAAUGAAGACACUUAUGAUUUAGCAUCAAAUGACAAAUUAUGUGAUUCAAUAUCAAAUGCAGAUGCCUCUAUUUGUAUUGGAGAUGCAACAGGUUCCAUUUCUCAGUCUGAAAGAGAUUUAAACAAUACUCUAAUCACUAGUUCCGUGGCAUCUUCAGUGCCACCAUAUAACACUGUAACUGUCUCUUCAUCUGUCGACAUUUCUUCAAAUCCUGUUGGCAUAGUUUAUUCAUCUCAGAUAACUCAUUUUAAUCCAGGACAAGAAAUUAUUUAUAUUUCCAAUUCUGAAGUAUCUCAAUCUUCAACUCAAUUGAAUCAGAAGUCUACUGGUAACAAUGAAGAUUCAAAUGAAGUGGAAAAUAGUUCGUGUACUGACAGCUCAUUGGCUUACCCAUCUGUGAUUGUUAGUAGCGAUACAAAAAUUACUUCUAAUACAUUAGAAAAUACUGAAUCUAACAAUGAAUUAGUGUCUGAUUCCAAUGUCAUUGAAACUUCUGAAUUAGACAGAAGCACAUGUGAAUUUAUUGGAAGUAGUUGUACCAGAGUAGAAUCGUCAAGUCCAGAUAUAAUACCAGAAACAGAGCAGAAAGCGAAAAAUUCGAGUUCUUCAGAUAAAGAUGGAAAAGGAGCUAUUGUAGUUAAAAAAUUUGGAAGAAGAAUGAAAUUCAUUCCUAAAGUAGCUUGUAAAGCCAAAGAAGAAAAGGUAGAACAAUCAACUAGUGGAGCAAGAGAUACUGGCUUUAGAGACACUAACUUGGACCAGCAACCAACAGCAGGCUAUACUUCUGAAUCAUCAGUAAAUGCAUCUGGAAAUACCAUUGGAGGUAAUACAGAUUCACGACCUUCAUUAUUAGAAGUAAUUGUUUCUUCUGCUAGUGAUUUUAGAAAUUCAUUAAUUCAUGACAAUAAUAAUUUUGAUAGAGUAACAUCACCUUCUGAAAUUGCUGAAUCAUCCUCAAACUUAAAUAAUGAUCCUCAUGAUGAAUCUGCAAACCUGCUUGUUGCUGAAAUGGGAUCUAUUCGAGAAGGCCCUAGUUACUCUCAGCUUUACGCAUCUGGUGAUAGCCCAUACCUAAAUAAGCCAGACACUGAUUCAUUAGUAACAGAAUCUGUGACUUAUGAUGAGGAAAAAGAUAAUAAUUCACAACAUCGAGUAAGUCAGUCAUCUGAAAUAACAAAUGUUUAUUCAUCUGUAAUUGUUUCCGGAACGCCGGAAAACGAAAGUGUGUCAGAAUCAUCGCAACAUCAACUUGUUCAAUCAACAAGUGGGGUUAUUAAAAGAUCAACUCAGUCAAACGAGGAUGCAAAUACGAAUGAAUUGGUUGCUUCAACACCAAGUACUUGCGAAGUUUCUGAAGUUUCCGAUUCCUCUCAUGCAAAGUUCGCUUCCCCCUCUGUCAGUGAUGACAAUGUUGUUAACUUAGAUAAUUCUAGAACUCAUAUAGAAUCAUCUGAUGAUGUUGAUGUAUGCACUGAGAAUUUAUCUGUAGACGAGACAGAGAAUGCUGAUGCCAAUGUUACGUCAACUCCCUUUGAAACAAAGGGGCAAAAACUGCAGAGUUAUUCUGCUGAUGGCAGUGAUCAAUGUUCCAUGAUUGAAGGCACAGAUGAUGUAUCAUUUUCUAGUGAAUUAGUACAAUCUCGUUUAAACAUUUAUGCUGCUGAUGGAAGUGGUCAGUGUGCUCUGAUUGAAUGCACAGAUGGAGCACAAGCUCUUUAUGAUAGUGAUUCUAACAUUCCAUCUUAUUCAGCUGACAGAAGUGACCAAUGCACUUUAAUAGAAUGUACAGACGGAAGUCUGCGUAACAUUGAUGGCAAUUCUGAGUUGCCAGAGAAUGUUGAAGAUCUAUCAAAUCCAAAUUUAAACAUCACAUCUGAUAGUAAAGUUUCUGGUUCACAUGAUCAUCAGCGUUCCAAAGUUUGGCGUUCUCGUUUCCAGGAGGAAAAUUGUGCAUCCUCCUCUAUGGAUGAAAAUAGCACCACUGAUGAUGCUUCGAGGACUCAAAUUUUAAUUAUUGAAUCUGAAGCAUCAAAUGAAGCUGAAGUUUUAAAAUCACGAUUUGUAGACAAUAAUGAUUCUGAAAACUUUUUCUUGGUUAGUGAAAGCGGGCAAAUAGUUAUAAAUCCACCUGAAAGUGUUGAUUCCCCUUCAGAUUACAAUGUUGAUAGAAACUAUAAACAAGAUGUAUCCCAAUCAUCCAGUGCUGAUCAAACUCUUCAGCCUGAAUUAUAUUCUGAAAACAAUGAAGCUACCCUCUUCCCUUUGCAAAGUGAGUCCUACAGAGAGGUGACCCUGGCAAAUGAAACUUACUCAUCUCGAAUUACUGAAGAAAUAGAAUCUUCUGGAAACAGUGUAGUGCCCAGUGAACUGUCCCAAAAUAUACUUUUAGCAAGCAAUGAUUCCAGUAUUUAUUCGCAGUCUGUUGAUUUUAAUGAUGGUUCCAUACAUUCGUCUUCGUUUGAAGUUUUACAGUACCCAACUGACGAACAAAUUGUUGCUUCAUCUUUAUCAAGUACAAUGUGCGACAGAAUUGAGACAUUAACAGAUUCAGUUCCUUUGCAAUCGUUAGACGUGGUUGAUGAGAGAAGCAAUGUGUCUCAAUCCUACAUUGAUGAAAAUGAACCUCAACAAAUUUCAGAGGUAUUAGAAAGCAAUGAAGAGAGUGAUAAUGAUAGACAUGCUACUCAUAGUCCUGAUUCACAUAGUUCUGAAUAUAUAUUGCAGGAAGAAGACGACUGUGAUAAUAGUUGUUAAAGUAUUAUCGUAAUUAAACUUAUAUAUUUGCAAUAGCAAGUGUAAAAGUUUAAUUUUAAAAACUAUUGGCUGCAUUUAUGUUGGAAUAUUUUUAAAAUUUUUGUUAGAAAAUUUCUAUUGUCUCAUAAAAAUUAGCAUUUCCCUCCUCGUUAAAAUAUAUUUCUAUGAAUGUUAAAAAAAAAAAUUAAAGUUUAUUUUUUAAUGGGGUAAAAUUUUCUGUAUUUUUGAUAGUUUAUCUUAUUAUCAGAGAUACAAAUCUGGAAAGUUAUACUAUCCCUAUAAGUUAAAAAUUAAUGUCAAGUAUAAGGAGCUUCAUAUUAACCAAAAAAUUGGAAAAAUAUUCCUUAAAUUAGGUGAAAUGUUUAAUGCUGAAAAAAAGUUUCAUUGGUGAAGAAUUUCAUUGAUUGCUGUAAUCAAACAGCUGUAAAUUUAAAAUUAAUUCAUGUUUUAUUUAAGUCUGUUAGGAUUGUCUAAUUUCAGCAAAAUAAUUAUUUUUACAAACUUUUUAUUUCAGACAGACAAUAAUUAAAUUAUCAAAAAGUGAGUGCCAAACACUGGGUUUCUAAUAUCUAGCAAUGAAAAAAUUAUUUCACUCAUCUCAUGUAUAACCUGCUACAAGAUUGUAUAAUUUUAUAUUGAACAGUGUAAACAUGAUACAUUUUCUCUGUUAUAUAUAUUAUAUAAUACAUUAGGGUUGGCUGAAAAAAUAGAGUUUUUAUUUUCAAAACACUAUACUGCGGAAAAGAUGCCUUAUAUGAAAAUAAUUUUGAUAUAAGAAAUUUUAAAAUUGAUUAAUAUCUUCCCAAUGCACGUCUCACUUUCUUAAAAUUGUACAACCGUAACGCUAGUUUCUGAUGCCUAAUUUAUGGUUUUUAAAAAAAGUAAAUAUGUUAAAAUAUUAUUGUUUAUUCAGUGCAUAUCAAUUGCUGUGUGCUUAAAAAGCGGAAAUUAUAUAUGUUUUUCAAAUUUCUCGCCAUUUACUGAAGAAAAUUUUCUUUGGACAUAACAUUCAAAACCCUGUCCGAUAAUUAUAUUCUUUUAUUUAUUAUGUGGUAUGUGAUAAGCGAUGAGGGUAUAAAGCAAAAGGCAUGAAUAAAUGGAGUUAUUUUGUAUAUUUCAAACACAUCAUAUGGUUGUUAUGCUUUGAAAUAAUAAUGAUAUUUAACCUUUUUUAAUUUUUUUAAACCAUAAAUUAGGCAUUAGAAACUACAGUAUGUGGAUUGAAAAAUUUUUAGUGGUAUUAAUAAGUUUAAAUUUUUUUUUUCAAUUUAAUCAGUUUUUCUAAAUUUAAGUGCAAUGCUUGACUGGAAAAUAUUAACCGAUUUUAAAAUUUUUUAUGUAAAAUUUCUGUUUUACACAUGACAUCUUUUCCGUACUAUAGCAUUUUGAAAAUAAAAACGGCCCACCUUAAUAAUACAUUUUUUUACAAUUUAUAAGUUAAUUUUUAUGAGAAAAAUUAAUGAUUUUGUGUUUUCUAUAUUGCAUUUCUGUUAUCUAACAUUUUUGUUUUACUUUUAAAAUGGUUUUAUAUGUAAUAUUAUUUCAAAAUAAAAAUAUGUAUAUGCAUUAAAA